AUGCACAUGUUUUUCAGUGAACAGUAUGCACAUGUACAAGUUGUUGAUUUUAAUUAUGAAGGAAAUACAAGAGAUCUUGUGAUUGAGUUCUCAGUUAGCUAUACUAUUUUCGACGAAAGUAUUAGAUUGGGCAGUGCAUCACUUACUCCAUGUUAUGAAUAUUUUGGCAAGUUUUCCUCCACAGAUGAGUCCAACAGAGCCAUGGCUUGCUCAAAGUGGCAAAAAUUCUUCAGAACAGCGGGAACAUCUCAAAAUGCUUAUCAAACUCAAUUGACUAACAAUUGCACUCAAUUAACCUUGAAGAAUUCAUUUAUUGAAUUAGAAUUUGAACAAAGUGAAAGAUAUCCUACUACUUUCUGUGAUGAAUUUGUAGAAAAGAAGGAUUGGUUCGUCACUGAAGACAUGCAACACAAAUUUUAUGUUAAAUUUUCAGAGACGAAAACACUUUCGAGAUUUAAAUUGGGAAAUUUUGAAAUGAUGAUUGAAACUAUUGAAGGACCUUUGUGUAAUGGUUCUCAGUCCCUAGUUAUUGGUGAAUUUGAAAUUUUCUCAAACUAUUCCCUUAUUAAUUCAAAUGUCAAGUCAUGUGUCAAUUCUAAUGACAAGUGCAAUUUGUGCAAUGAUCAAAAAUUGAAGAAUAUCUUAUUUGGAAAAUUGAACAGAAAUUCUGCAUGUACUGAAUUCUCUGUUUCAAAUGCUCAAAAUUUUACUGUCAAUGGUCAAUCACCUUCUCCAUUUAAUCCAAAAAAGGAUGACAGUUCAGAUAUUGGAAUUAUCGUUGGAGCAACCAUAGGUGGUCUUUUCGUGAUUAUUUGUUUCUCUGUCUCAAUUAUUGGAUUACUUUACAUGUUUUAUCGUAAGAAACAAUACACAACCUUAAAUUAA